AUGGCACCAAUACAUACCUUAAAUAGUGGAUCUACUGUUGCCAAAAAUUUUCAAGGGCGUGGAUAUAAAUUAGAUAGCACUAGAGAACGUGAGCUUGAAUCUGAACAUAAUGAGUUACUCAUUAAAACCGAAUUUUUUGCUAAUAAAUGUUCCAAUUUUAGAAAUGCCAAAGUGCUUGCAGAAUCACGAUCAGAUGGGCUUGCAAAAGAGCUGAAAUCAAAAAAUAAAAAGAUUUUACACCUCCAGAAAAAAUUAAAUCGAACCACCGAUGCCAAAACACGAAAUGACUCAAAUAUAAAACAACUCAAAGAAGAAAUCAAACAGUUACAGAGCAAAAAUACUAAUCUUGUAUCCCAGGGUGCUCUUAAAGAACUUUCUCUUACUGGCUAUCAAACCAAGUAUUACAAAAAAAUGGAAGAGGCAAAUUCUUUCCAAUCUAGAAUAAAGUCAUUGGAAGAGAAAUUAUUUUCAGCUCAGAAGGACUCAUCUCUGAAAGCUUCCGGGAUCGAUUCUCUCAAGUCCAAAAUAACUGAAUUGGAGCUCAUGAAAGAUGAAUUAUCCUUAAAAGUUAGUGAGCUUGAACAUCUAAAAUCGGAGGAUAUAUCAGAACCCAUAGUUGGUGGAGAUAAUGAAAAAAAUGCGCAGAGCGAUGAACAAAGCCCCAUAACCAAGUCUGACGAUAUAUCUGCAAUUAGUGAACCUAGCAAAAAUCUCAGUCAAUAUUUUAUACGUAGGGGCAAAGCCCCAUUGCUAUGCAAUAAAAAAAAUAUGGAUCAAGCUGGAAAAAUCGAUGGUAUUAUCUCAGAUCAUACUAGGCAUGAUGGGAUUACUGAACCAUCAAAAGUCGAUACUGAGAUCAGCUCUAAGAUAAACGAGGAAACCAACAUUAAUGAAAUUAGUAAAGAUAUAUUACUUGUUCAAGAGAUAAAGAACGUGACACCCCACCUUGCACAGCCGGAAAAUCAUACUUCCUCUUUGAUCGAAUUGCAUCCUCAGAUUUCGGUGGGAGGAAUAGAAGCAAUCCCUGCUGUGGCAAGAACUUUGAUGUCACCGCUAUCAGCAUAUAUUUGUCUUAUUCUAUUAAUUAUUGCAGUUAUGUGGUUCGUGGUAUUGAGACACACAUGGGGGUUGGAAAGGAAAAGUGAACAGUUGCAGGAUGUGUGGGUUGGAUAA